AUGUGUGCAAGCCCACGCAUAACAACAUUCCUCUCUUCUGUUAGUCGUUACCAGGCCAACGUGCGCCAUCUGGCGGGCAAGGACAAUAUUCCAUCAGACUUUGCCAGCCGCAAUGCCGCAGAGUGUACCACCCCUACCUGUCAGAUAUGUUCGUUUGUAGAACGUGUGGAAGACUCGGUUGUCAUGAACACAUCCGUUGAAGACAUAUCAUCAGGAAAUAAACGCCUACCAUUCACCAAUAGGGCAGCGUGGCAAACUAUCCAGUUGGAAUGCGCUGAUUUAAGACGCACACAUUCUCAUCUCACCCAGGGGACUCGUCCAUCUAAAAAGCUAACUAACAUCAAAGACGUCAAACGCUACCUCAACAUCGUCACUAUUGCCAAAGAUGGUCUACUUGUAGUCAAGCGUACUGAUCCAUUCGCUCCACCUCGCGAGUGCAUUGUUGUACCUCGACAGAAAACUGUCUACUGCCCGGCAACAGUCACAAUUCUCGGCUGGGUAUGGAAUGAGGGAACCAUCCGCGCAAGCCAACACCGUAUCUCUACGUUGUCGUCAUGUUCUCCACCGGAAAAGAUACGCAACCUACGAUCAUUUAUAGGCACAUAUAAGGUCCUAGCUAGAGUGCUACCAGGCUGUGCUUCUCUUGUUGCUCCACUAGAAGAUGCGACUAUUGGACAACAAUCCCAAGAUAAAAUUCAAUGGUCGGAUGAGCUUCGCGAUUCCUUUCGUGUUGCUCAGGCAGCAUUAUCAUCAAAUCACACGAUCACACUCCCCAGACGCCCAGAUCAGAUAUGGAUCGUCACUGAUGCAGCCAUUAAAAAACACAGUGUUGGGUCCACCAUGUAUGUCUCGCGUGGUGACAAGCUCCACCUCGCAGAUUUCUUCAGUGCCAAGCUUCGAGGCCGUCAGGCAACAUGGCUUCCAUGUGAAAUUGAGGCCCUUUCUAUUGCCAUCGCAACAAGGCACUUUGGGCCAUACAUCAUUCAGUCCCACCAUAAACCGUGUAUUCUUACCGACAGUAAGCCAUGUGUGAAAGCGUACGAAAAACUUUGUCGGGGUGAGUUCUCAGCAAGCCCACGCAUAACAACAUUCCUCUCUUCUGUUAGUCGUUACCAGGCCAACGUGCGCCACCUGGCGGGCAAGGACAAUAUUCCAUCAGACUUUGCCUGUCAGAUAUGUUCAUUUGUAGAACGUGUGGAAGACUCGGUUGUCAUGAACACAUCCGUUGAAGACAUAUCAUCAGGAAAUAAACGCCUACCAUUCACCAAUAGGGCAGUGUGGCAAACUAUCCAGUUGGAAUGCGCUGAUUUAAGACGCACACAUUCUCAUCUCACCCAGGGGACUCGUCCAUCUAAAAAGCUAACUAACAUCAAAGACGUCAAAUGCUACCUCAACAUCGUCACUAUUGCCAAAGAUGGUCUACUUGUAGUCAAGCGUACUGAUCCAUUCGCUCCACCUCGCGAGUGCAUUGUUGUACCUCGACAGGUGUUAGAUGGCCUCCUGACAGCAAUUCAUAUUCGUCUCAGUCACCCGUCUUGUUACCAAAUGAAGCAGGUCCUCCAUCGUUAUUUUUUCGCACUGGACAUGGACAAGGCAAUCCAACCCGUAUCCACCUCUUGUCACCAGUGUCCCUCACUUAACAAAGUACCUCACACAAUUGUUAAGCAAUCAACUUCAGAUCCACCAGAAUCUGUGGGCAGUUUAUAUGCAGCAGAUGUAAUUAAACGUGAAAGACAUUAG